UUCUCUGUUUCUCUCGAAUCUUCCCGGAUCCCAAGCAUCGUGAUUAGUGAGAGUCAAGAGACUCUUACUUAUGCUUGGGCUUGGAGUGAGAGCCAAUGCUUUGCGGACUUCCUCUUCCCCUUUUCUCGCGCAAGGCUAAGCGAGAGCGGCCGAUUAUUUCUGCACCCAUUCCACAAGAUACGUCGAGGAUGAGUGCAUGGCGUAAUCAGUUGGCGGAGGCUGGGAACAAGAGUGACUCCAAUAACGCCCUCUAUGCCGUACCCAACCCCAAUGGAUCAGCAGGGAAAAUACUCCUCGAACGACCAGUAUCUCCGCAAACCUCACCGCCCUUGGACGACGACUUUGACGCAUACACCCAGACAGGAAUUGGCACCUAUGCAAGAGGAGUAGGUGACCACAGCCGAAGCUUCGGUCACUACCAGCAGCAACAGCAGCCAGCACGUAUUCCUGCUACAUCCUCGCCCCACCGAAGGCCAGGAAUCGACUCGAUUGACACGUUCUACGGCGGGCAUAACCAAAGCCACCUCGCUGCCAAUACCUCUUCCAACCACCACAACGUUACGACCUCGCCAAAACAACGAUCCUCACCCGUCCGACACCAUGAUGUAGCUGGAGCGAACGUUGAUCGUUCAGGGUCCCACCGCGACCACCACCGUCCGGCUUCACCCCGACACAACCCCAACGGGGGCAACAACAACAACAACAACAACUCUACUCCUAAUAGUUCUCGAUCAAAAGGCAAGGGACGACAGGACCCUACGGCCGACUAUGCGGAAUACCAAGCCUAUAUGAAGGAGAUGGAGAAGAUGUUCGGGAAGCACGGGGACCUCGAUGUGAGCCUCAAUCGCGUGAAGGAUCCGCGAUCUGGGACACGCGAGAGCCUCACUAUUGGGCGUGUGCAGAUGAAGAACAAUGGGGCGGCGCCUUCCAGGGGCAACUCGACGUCCCGACGACACCCCGGAUCUAGCCCACCGUUUAUCCUAUCCAAAACUUUGCCGUCGGGUAAAGUAUCCCGACAUGCAUCUUCGAAUGAGAAUGGGAAUCGGCCUCCGAGGGCGCGGCAGGAUUUCGAGGAGACGAGUCGGAGGGUGAUUGAGAGUACGCCUGAUAAGACUGUGACGAUUUCGACGUGGAGGGAGCAGGUUGCGAAGGAGGCGGAUGAUGCGGUUGAGAGGGUUAGUGUGUAUUAUGUGUCUGGGGAUGUUGGGACGGAGAUGUUGGAGAAUGCGAGGGGUGAGUUGGAUGGGUUUGGGGCGGGGACUCGGAGCGGGAGUGGGAGUGGCAACGGGGCUGGAGUUGCGACUGGGGCGUUAGGACUUGUGGCGAAGCACAACAGCAUGGAUCGGUCGAAAGAGAGGGUGGCCUCCCCUCCCGUAUCGCAGCAGGUCUCCCAACGGGAACCGUCUCACGAAGGUCACCAUUCCAUUACCCGCGAGUCAACGCAAAGCCAUCGAAACGAGUCUCAAGGUCAUUCUCGAGCUGCACCAUCGUGGAUCCGGCCAAGCCAAUACCUCCCAAACCCCCUCAUCAUCCCGAACUACGACAAAUCAAACUCGCUCGAAUCGACCUCUUCGUCCUCUGCUGGCCCCUCGACGACGUCAUCCAGCGACCCCGCUUCCCGGGAACUUUACCCACCUACGCCUCCUCCCAAACCUACUACGAGACUACACAGCUUCAAACCAGAUCCAAUGCAGUCGACUCCCAUUGAUACACGACUCGAUAUGCCCUCUUUCCAUCCUACACAGGAUGGUUCGCUCAUCAGCACAAUCCUUAAAACAUCUGGGUCGUCGAGUCCUCACUCUAGUGCGGGAUUGGAGGAAGUGUUGCGGACCUGUCGACCUCCGCUGGUCCAUCUGAUGCCCAUGUUGGCUCAGUUGGGUAUAACAACGAAGGAGCAUUUAGAUGCUAUGGCUACGUUUGAUGCUGAGACGCGGGAUCGUGAACUCAAAGAGGAGGCGUUGAGGAUAGGAAUUACGAUCAUGGAAUGGGCUGCUCUAAUGAACAAACUCAAGCAUCUCAAGCCUUAUUGA